UAACAGAAACUCGGCCCUCCGCUCUAGCGCUCCUUCCUCUGCUGCUCCGGUGCCAUGGCGAACGUCGCGGAUACUAAAUUAUAUGACAUCCUCGGCGUGUCUCCUUCGGCCACGGAGAAUGAGCUCAAGAAGGCUUAUCGAAAGUUGGCAAAAGAAUACCACCCUGAUAAGAAUCCCAAUGCAGGAGACAAGUUUAAGGAAAUCAGUUUUGCAUAUGAAGUGCUAACUAAUCCAGAGAAGAAGGAGUUGUAUGAUCGCUAUGGAGAGCAGGGCUUGCGUGAGGGUGGCGGUGGUGGAGCUGGGAUGGAGGACAUCUUCUCACAUAUCUUUGGUGGAGGUCUGUUUGGCUUCAUGGGCGGUCAGAGCAGCAGAAGCCGAAAUGGGGGCCGGCGGAGGGGAGAAGAUAUGGUGCAUCCACUGAAGGUGACCUUAGAAGAUCUUUACAAUGGGAAAACUACCAAACUACAGCUAAGCAAGAAUGUCCUCUGUAGUGCAUGCAAUGGUCAGGGCGGUAAGACUGGGGCUGUGCAGAAGUGUACCACAUGCAGAGGGAGGGGCAUGCGGAUCAUGAUUAGACAGCUGGCUCCUGGCAUGGUCCAACAAAUGCAGACAGUGUGUAGUGACUGCAAUGGAGAAGGAGAAGUGAUCAGUGAGAGGGACCGCUGCAAACAAUGUGAAGGCCGCAAGGUGUGUAAGGAGCUGAAAGUUUUGGAGGUUCAUGUGGAUAAGGGCAUGAAACAUGGCCAGAAGAUCACAUUUAGUGGAGAAGCAGACCAGUCACCUAACACUGAGCCUGGAGAUAUUAUACUAGUUCUGCAGGAAAAAGAACAUGAGGAGUUCCGCCGCGAUGGUAAUGAUCUGCACAUGUGCCAGACUAUCGGCCUGGUGGAGGCCCUCUGCGGUUUCCAGCUCACUCUCACACACCUUGACGGCAGACAUCUCCUCAUUAAGUACCCUGCUGGCAAAGUCAUAGAGCCAGGUUCUAUUAGAGUUGUCCGUGGUGAGGGAAUGCCCCAGUACAGAAACCCGUUCGAGAAAGGAGAUCUGUAUAUCAAGUUUGAUGUGCGCUUUCCUGAUAAUGGCUGGAUCAGCACAGAGAAACUAACGGAGUUGGAAGAUCUGUUACCAUCACGUGCAGAGGUUCCUGUAAUCUCAGCUGAUACAGAAGAAGUUGACCUGAAGGAGUUUGAUAUAAGUCAAGGGUCGUCUGGAGGUCACCGGCGUGAGGCCUAUAAUGACAGCUCAGAUGAGGAAGGUGGUCCACAUGGGCCGGGGGUGCAGUGCGCUCACCAGUAAAGUCCUACAAACCUUCAUAGUGUUUCUCCUGGGGAAAACUCUUGAUUGCGUUUCAGUUGAACAAACUCUUUAACCCCCAAAUCAUUGAUCGCACAGUGUAGUGAACACAACCCAUUCACAUCCGCUAAAACUGGACGUUAUACUAGAAAUAAAAUGUUGCAGGCAGCACACAUGCACUAAUUUUAAAUUGAUGACAGAAAGAAGAGAAUAGAGCAAAAAAGAGGAUCUUUUUAUUUCAUUACAAGUUACAUUGUCAUUGUAGACUUUUACAUACUGUAUACUUGCUCACUUGAAUAUUUAAACUUGAAAUGGGGGGAGAACUGACUUUGUGUAUAGGGUUUAAGUUAUGAUUGCCAUACAUACACAAAACACGCACAGACAUGUACACACGCACACAUACAGAUUUGUGAAGAAGAGACUGCAUUGUGUCGGAAUGGAGUUGAGGCAGUGAUGUUAGCGCUGUGGAAGUGUCUUGAAGUUCAAUAAAAUGUUCAAAUGUGUCUAA